CUGGGACUGCCGACCUGACUGUUUCUAAUCGCCGACUCCAGCGGGCUUAAGCACAGCAAGUCGCACCACAGAGUCGGCACCCCCCAGACCCCUUACCUUAGUCAUGAGCCUCAUGAUCCCGUCAGCCCAUCAACAAAUGAGCCCAUGGCCUGUUCUCCCUGUGUUCGUUCGAGAGACGGGCAGCCUCCCCUACUUGCCUACAUCCAGCACUGGACACCCGAUGGACCGCGACCCGGCCGCCGCCGACUCUAGGAGCCACGCCCUCUGCCUGGGACCAGAGACGGCGUCGUUGUUUCAAGUCAACGAGACCGACGUGGCCCGUCCUCCUCCUACCCUCAGGCUUCCCCAGAGUCUCCAUGGACUGGCAGACUGGUUAGACUCAGCCUUACCCUUCCUCAGGUCCCCCGACCCCGGACCCGAGCCCCAGACAGCCUACAGGCGCCGCCGGUUAAACGGGAGUAAGAGAGCUGUCGGCACCUCUCUUUCCCCAGACUUUGACCACUCAGACCGUAGAUGUGUCCGCUCCCAGUUGAGGCUCUUCUUCACAAACCCCAUCCAUCAUGAGGUAAGCCUCCACCUCCACGCUUCCCGACCACAACUGACUGGCGACAAUCGAUGAGACGGCGGGGGGAGGGAGGGAGCGGGAUGCCGACGGGGACCUGACUGUCGGCGCCAUACGCACGGACUUAC